CACACUACGCGUUCUGUUGCUGCAAGUCACCUUAAGGACACAAACUGGUUAAGUGGACCAAGAUUUCUGUCCAGCCCAGAACCAAGGAACUGUAAGGACAUUUUUGACCUUGUUGAUCCAAUCUCAGAUCCAGAUGUAAGACCUGUAGUGUCCACCUUACUCACCACAGCUUCCACCACAACUCUUGGCUCUCAUCGUUUUGCCAAGUUCUCUUUAUGGAAGUCUCUCACUCGGGCCAUAGCACGUCUAUUGCACAUAGUCUGCAUGUUCAAGAUUGUGCAGACGAGAAACCAGUCUUGUAAAGGCUGGCACUAUUGCACAGCAAGGAUAACUGUGGGGGAGAUAGAUCGUGUUUCGAAUAUCAUCACACGAACAGUGCAGGAGGAAACCUACAUGGAAGAGAUUAAGUUAAUUCAGAAGGAAAAAAAGAUUCCUAAAUCCAGCCCUCUCCACAGACUAGACCCAUUUAUCGAUGAACAUGGGCUCCUGAGAGUUGGAGGACAUCUCCACCAUUCUAGCCUUAAUCGGACUGAAAAGAAUCCAGUGAUCAUCCCUGGACAGCAUCAUGUUGCAGCUCUAAUAAUCAGACAUUGCCAUGAACAAGUUCACCAUCAGGGCAGUCAUUUUACAGAGGGAGCUGUCCACACCUCAGGCUUUUGGAUAGUCGGAUGCAAAAGGAAGGUGAGCAGUAUCCUCAACCAAUGUGUAACAUGUAAAAGGCUCAGGGCGCCACUCAUUGUCCAGAAGAUGGCCAAUCUACCGGCAGAUCGUCUUACCACAGAUCCCCCAUUUACUAAUGUGGGUCUGGAUGUCUUUGGCCCAUGGCACAUCAGUUCACGUCGUGCUAGAGGGGGCCUGUUGUACAGUAAACGGUGGGCUGCAAUGUUUACAUGUAUGAGUGUAAGAGCUGUUCACAUUGAAGUCAUUGAGUCCCACGACACAUCAAGCUUCAUCAAUGCAUUCAGACGCUUUCUUGCUGUGCGAGGACCAGUCAAACACAUACGAUCAGAUCGUGGCACCAAUUUUGUAGGAGCCUGUAAAGAAUUGAGAAUACCAUGCAACAUUGAUGACUCUACAGUCAAGACUUACCUGUUGAACCAGGGAGUCACUUGGAUUUUUAAUCCUCCGCAUGCUUCUCACCAUGGUGGUGCAUGGGAGAGAAUGAUCGGUCUGGCAAGGAGAAUUCUCGACUCCAUGUUCCUUCAGCUAAAAAACAAGCUUACCCAUGAGGUCUUGGUUACCUUCAUGGCAGAAGUAGCCGCUAUCAUCAAUCUAGGCCACUCUUGCCAGUAACAGAUGAUCCUGACGACUUCUACAUGCUCACACCUGCAACUCUCCUCACUCAAAAGGUGAAUGUUGUUAAGGCUCCAGGGGGCGAGUUUGGAGCUUCUGACCUUUAUAAGUCUCAGUGGCGACAGGUGCAACACUUAUCCAAUACCUUCUGGGACAGAUGGAGGAAACAAUACCUGCCCAUGCUGCAACCCCGUCAGAAAUGGCAAUCAAUGCAACCUAACAUCACAGAAGGGAGUGUUGUUCUGUUAAGUGCAGCGAGGUGGCGAGAAAUGAAUGGCCUGAUGGGCUGAUAACAAAGACCUUCCCUGGUCAAGAUGGAAAAGUGGGACACGUUGAAGUGAAAACUGUGAAAGCAGGAAGGACUGCAAUCUAUCUCAGACCUAUUACAGAGAUAGUGGUUCUCCUCCCAAGCAGGGAUUAGUUAUUUAGGUUGUUUUUCUGUUUAGUGACGUAUAUCUACGCCAGGCAGGGAGUGUAUUGUUAUGAGCAAAUUUUAUGUUCCUUUUUUCAUUUGUUAUUAAGGUUAUCUUUAAGUAUCAGUGAGGUGGUGCUGUCACUUUAAGAAACACUGAAGCCUGGAAACAGGAAGUUGUCACAUAGGAUGUAGAAUGAGGUAAUCAGGAAGUAAAAUGCACAUGCUACAGAAUUAAAUUUUGUUGUCAAGUUUAUCCAGCAACAUCUGCAAACUUCUUAUGCCUUUGGUAGCAUCGUUGUUUCACCUUCCUUACGACUUCAAUAAACCUGUGGACAAGGAGUCAUCUGUCUUCAGAGUCUUGAUGUUAAGGAGGCGUUUAACUGACUGUCAAGUCAUAUCAAGUACAUGUGAUGAGGACAGCACAUUCCUAA